AUGAGCAAGUUUAGAGCAAGCUUCGCGGUGGUUUCCAACGUCUUCGAAACCAACGACUCCCCAGGUCGCGAAGCCCAGCUAUGUUGUCGGCUUCUUGCCACGUCGGGCAGAACCAGCUUCGCAGCGGCCAAGACCUCCAACGCACCUGGCCCUUACACCGGUGCAGUUCGAUUUUGA